UAUAUACCUACAUUUAUAUAAUUUUUUCUUUCUUUCCAUUGUAUUUUUGUUCUUUGAGAAAAUCAAAAGUGAAAUUUUGCUCGAAAAUUUUUUUUAAGCUGAUAAGUGUUAAUUAAAGCUAUUAAAAUGUUUGCAAAAAAGUAUCGUCCAUCGAUAUCGUCUUUGGACACACACUCAAAUAUUGAGGAUGACGAUGAAAUGUAUUUGAGGAAAAGAAAUAUUAGAGAUCAGUCACCUAUAGAUAGACUUGAUAACGACGAACUUUCUGAUGCACUUUCAGAAGAAGAAGAUAUUCCUGGAUGUCCACUUCCGUCAACACCCGAGGAUAAUCAGCUGUUGGAAGCUGAGAUGACGGAAGUUUUAAAGGCAGGCGUACUAUCUGAUGAAAUCGAUUUGGGUGCUUUAGCUCAUAAUGCUGCUGAGCAGGCAGAAGUUUUCGUACGUAAAGUAUGGGAAGCAUCAUGGAAAGUCGUUCAUUUCAAGAAUUUACCAAAGUGGCUUCAAGACAACGACUAUUUACAUAAAGGACAUCGUCCACCACUUCAAUCAUUCGGAGCUUGCUUCAAAUCUAUCUUUAGGCUGCACACUGAAACAGGAAAUAUUUGGACACAUUUGCUGGGCUGUAUUAUGUUCAUUGGCGCAACUAUCUAUUUCUUAUGGAGACCAUCAUGGCAACUUAAUCUAGAAGAGAAAUUCAUAUUCUUGGCAUUUUUCGUUGGUGCUAUUGUAUGCUUAGGCUUCUCAUUCGCUUUUCACACCGUCUCAUGUCACUCGGAAAUGAUUGGAAAAUUGUUCAGCAAAUUAGAUUAUUGUGGCAUAGCGCUGUUGAUUAUGGGCAGUUUUGUGCCGUGGCUGUAUUAUGGAUUUUAUUGUCAUUAUCAACCUAAAAUUAUCUACUUAACUGUAGUUAUUAUAUUAGGAUUCUUCUCAAUCGUGACAUCACUUUGGGACAAAUUCUCUACACCACAAUUACGACCUGUUAGAGCAAGUGUGUUUAUGGCUUUUGGUUUGUCCGGAGUCAUUCCAGCAAUUCACUAUGUAUACAUGGAAGGAUGGUUCAACGACAUUAGUCGAAAAUCUCUUGGAUGGUUGAUCUUAAUGGGAUUCUUGUACAUCUUAGGUGCAAUGUUUUAUGCAUUGCGCAUACCGGAAAGGUGGUUUCCUGGGAAAUUCGAUCUCUGGGGUCAAUCCCAUCAAAUAUUUCACGUUUUAGUGAUUGUAGCUGCUUUAGUUCACUACCAUGGAAUCUCGGAAAUGGCAAUGCACAGAGUAUCAUUGGGAGAAUGUGAUAUUAAACAUUCUGCUAUAGUCUUAUAAUUGCUUUAAGAAGGCAAGCAACUAAAAUAUUGAUGAAAAUGACAGCAAAAAAUAAUAAUUUAAAGUGUAAAAUUGAUAGCGAAAUUCUUUAAAUGUAUUUUCUUGAGAAGCAUGAAAAAUUUAAUUGUGAUAGAACUUCAAUGAUUAAAUGAUGAUGAGUAAUCUUGUUAUAUCUCUAAUAAUUCUUAAAAAUUAAUUACGAUCAAUUCCUUUAACCAUAUAUAUUUUCAUAGCACUUAAAAGCAAGCUUAAAAAUUUCAAAAUGAUUAAAUUCAUUGUUUUGGGAACGAAGCAAUUAGUUGUGUAAAUUCUUUGGAAUAAAUUAGAGCUAUAUGGAAGUUUUAGUGUUUAAUUUUAAUAAUUUUUUUACCUCUGGACUUGAUUGUUGCUGGGGAAGUUUGGGAUUUAUGGUAAUUUACUCUCCACUCGAUGUAGUUUUGUGGCAAAUUUAACGGUUUUCAAAAAUUCAAAGUUUUGUGGAUUCAAAAAAUUCAAUUUUAGCGGUUCUUUAAAAAUUCAAAUUUUUACGUUCUCCAGAAGCUCAAAACUUUUUUCGACUUGAAUUUGAAAUUUUGAAAACCGCUAAAAUUGAAUCAUGACUAAAGAGGCUUAAUAAAGCAUUUGCUGGCAUUUACCAGCAGCCAUCAAGUCUAGCACAGCUUUAAAAAAAGUAGAAUCCAGAAAUUUAUGUAAAUAUAUUUUAAAGUGCAUAUAUACAUACAAUAUUUAUGUUUUAAUCAGCAAAAAAAAAAAAUUCCACGAA